CUCCCACACGCACGCCCAUUCCCUCCCUUCUCCAUCCUCCCUCCUGCGCGAUCCAGAGCAGCAAUGCAGCUCCUUCCCUCCCCCAGGAUCGUGACAUAAGCAGGAGAGGCAGGACUGCAGAGGCAAUAAUGAUCGUACAUCAGACGGCGAGGCGGCGAGGAAGGCUGACCUAACCACCUUCCUGUCUCUCUCCGCCUUGCUUGGAAGCAGUGGGGUCGCUGCUGACGGAGUUCACCCCCACCACGUGGUGGUGGUGGUGGGGGGGGGGGGAAGAGAGAGAGAGCACGGCGCGGAGAGGGCGAAGGGAGGCCGCGUCGGACAGGCGGGAGGGCAGCUCCCCCGUGGGGCAAGCGAGCGGAGCGUCGGGGCAACCGGGUGCGAGGUCAGCGAUGGCGACGGCCGCCAGCAAGGCUCACGCGGGUAGCGUGACGAACCGCAGCGACCCACGCUCCGUCAACUCCCGCGUCUUCAUCGGGAACCUCAACACGGCCGAGCAGGUGUCGCGCUCGGAGGUGGAGGCGCUGUUCGCCGAGUACGGGCCCGUGCUGGGGGUGUCGCUGCACAGGGGCUACGCCUUCGUGCAGUACGGGGACGGGCGGAGCGCGCGACUCGCCGUCUCCGCCGUGAACGGCCGCGUGCUCGCCGGGCAGACCCUGGACAUCAACAUGGCCGGGGAGCCCAAGCCAAACCGCCACAAGCCCGGAGGCGGCAAGAGGGCAGCCGCCGCACUCUACGGGAGCAGCUUUGAUUUUGACUACGACUACUACCGAGAGGACUUCUACAAUCGGCUCUACGAGUUCCCCGUGCGGGCGCCGCCACCGCCACUGCCGCCGCUGGCCCUGCUGCCGGCCAAGCGGCCCCGCAUCUCGGCGCCGGCUCCGCCGCGCCGGGGCAAGGGGGGCUUCCCCAUGAAGGGCGGCCCACGCUCCACCAUCACUGGCACCGCGGCCCCCGCACCCAAACUGCGGGCCCUGAGCCUGCAGGCCAUCAAGGGGGAGCUGCGGCAGGUGAAGUUCCGCAUCGAUUCGCUCCUGGAGAAUUUGGAGAAGAUCGAGAAGCAGCAGAGACCUCAGAACGGGGUGUCGUGUAGCUCCUCCUCCGCGGUAGCCUCCGCCGCUGGGGCCGCUGGGGCCGCUGGGGCCUCCAAACUCGCGGACGCGCCGGCGGCAGCGCGCAGCGACGGCGACGCCGCGGGCUCGGAGGUCGCGGAGGGAGAGGAGGACGGCCUCGCCGAGCCUCGCUCCGCCGGGGAGCGGCGCCUGACGAACAGCCACACAUGCGACCUGGAUGGAAUACAGUGACCGCUGCGAUUCCCGAUCCGCGCCCGAGGUUCACGAUUUUACGACGCAAGACUUGGGGGGGGGGGGGGGGUUUGGGGGGCACGUCGCCAAUGGAAAGCGUCGACGACUCGGCGCAAAAUACCACCACGUGACUAGGCCCCGAUAGAAAAAUCCUACGGAAGCAAACAUUGACGUAAAAUAAAAAUAAUAAACUACAGCAGCAACAAGAUACACGAAUAAAACCACUAUUUUUUUUUGUUUCAGUCGUAAAAAACAAUAACUUGAUAGAAUUACUUUCUUACAGAAGGAGGCACAGUUUUUUUUAUUACAUUGUUUUACGGUUUUGGCAACUGUAGUCUCAACAUUGUGUGUGUGAUGUCUUUAGAAUUGUGUUAACGUUUCCACGGGUGAUUUUCUUCAUUCCCAGGCGCCACACGCUCUCUCCGCAUCCUUUAGCUUUUACUUUUUUAAGGGAAUAAUAAUUCUUCACCUCCGUACGCAUCGCUUUUCCACCGGCCACACCCGAGCCACGCCAGCACAGGGGCAACCAACACAUUGAAAUGUCAGCCUCACAAAAGAGACAUCUGCAAUCUGGUUCGGUGGCCAAGCAGGGCCAGGGGCGGGGCUAAUGACGUGUGCAAGUUAGUGAGACGUCCGUCAAGUACAACUCAGAAUUAAUAAAGGGUUUUCUUUCUUUCUUUGGGGGUGGGGGGGGGAGGGGGGUUAUAUCACUUAAAUAUAAAUCUGUGUCGUUAAACCCACCACCACCCGAGCACAUUUACAACAAUUGUAAAUGUUGUGGGGUUACUCUCCUCCAGCACACCUGUGGUGCUGAAGUAGCAAAUAAUUGGCAAGUUUUUGUUCAGGUGACAAACCUUACUAAUUGGCUGUGUGGUCGGGUGUUAUAUUUACGCUACCUAACCCCCCAAAAAAAACACUUUAUUAUUCAGAAUAUUGCUUGCCAAAGCCCUACUCCGACUUCUACGUGUUAAACAACACGGAAAGGCGGUGUCACCACGUCGUCGAGUGCCCGUUCAAUGCACGUGUCCUCUGCGGCAUGGCUCAGCUUCUGCAGUGGAAAAAAAAAAUUCUGUCUGCACCAGGCUAGCUUGCCAAAGGGCCCUGGCAUGGCUCGGUUGUGCAGUGGAAAGGAACAUGCUGGCAGCACCAAGCUAGCUUGGCAUGGCCCUGGCAUGGCUCGGUUUUGCAGUGGAAAAGAACAUGCUGGCUGCACCAGGCUAGCUUGGCAGGGCCCUGGCAUGGCUCAUUUGCGCAAUGGAAAAAAACAACAUGGAUGCACCAGGCUAGCUUGGCAGUGUCCUGGCAUGGCUCGGUUGUGCAGUGGAAAAACCAUGCAGGCUGCACCAGGUUAGUUUGGCAGGGACCCUGGCAUGGCUCGGAUGUGCAGUCGGAAAAAUACGGUAUUAGUUGGGCUUCAUUCAUGACUAUGUGCGACGUGUGUGUGUGCUGUAUUUGAAACAUACCCACCACGUAUUUAUAACCUUUCAUAACGACGAUGAUAUAAACAACUUAUAAUAAAAACAAACGUGAACAAUAAAA